GAGAGAGAGAUAGAGAGAAAAAAUGGAGAAAAACAAGAGAAUUCUUACGUUUUUGCUUCUGGUGGUGUUUUUUCUUGGAGUUGUGAUGAUGAGAUCAAAUGGGUAUGAUUAUGAAGGGGAGGAAGAGUGGGGAGGAGGAGGAGGAGGAAGAGGAGGAGGAGGAAGAGGAGGAGGAGGAGGAGGAGGAGGAGGAGGAGGAGGAGGAAGAGGAGGAGGAGGAGAAGGAGGAGGAGGAGAAGGAGGAGGAGGAGGAGAAGAAAGAGAAAGAGGAAGAGGAGGGUUCAUCAUGAAAGAGUCGAGACGAGUAUUCAAAUCAGAAGGUGGAGAAAUGAGAGUUGUGAUUUCUCCAAAAGGAAGGAUCAUUGAGAAGCCAAUGCACAUAGGGUUUCUAACAAUGGAACCUCAAACCCUCUUUGUCCCUCAAUAUCUUGACUCCAGCCUCCUCAUCUUUAUUCGUCAAGGUGAAGCAACGCUUGGAGUGAUAUGCAAAGACGAUUUCGGAGAAAAAACAUUGAAAGGAGGAGAUAUCUACUGGAUCCCGGCUGGUUCUGUAUUUUAUUUACUCAACACAGGCCGAGGCCAACAACUUCAUGUUAUUGCCAGCAUUGAUCCAACUCAAAGCCUCGGACUCGAAACCUUCCAACCUUUCUAUAUAGGUGGAGGCCAGAUGUCUGUACUCGCCGGCUUUGAUCCCGACACUUUAACUUCAGCAUUAAACGUUUCUCGACCAGAGCUGCAAAAAUUGAUGAUGAGUCAGUUCCGUGGUCCCAUUGUGCACAUCAGGGAACAUGCUCCCACAAUGUGGACUGAGUUCUUGGGGUUAAGAGGGGAAGAGAAACAUAAGCAUCUGAAGAAACUAUUGGAGAUGAAACAAGGAACCUCUCAAGACCAAGACUACAUCCCAUGGUGGUCUUGGAGGAACAUAGUAAGAUCGAUCUUGGAUCUAUCCGAAGAAAAGAAUCGCUGGUCGGGAUCUUCCAAGUGUGAGGACUCGUACAACAUUUAUGAUCGGAAAAGUGAUUUCAAGAACGACUAUGGAUGGAGUAAAGCUCUUGAUUAUGAUGAUUACGAGCCUCUCAAACACUCUGGUGUUGGCGUUUAUCUCGUAAAUCUCACCGCGGGAUCAAUGAUGGCUCCUCAUAUGAACCCAACAGCGACAGAAUACGGCAUCGUUUUGGCCGGUUCCGGAGAGAUUCAGGUGGUUUUUCCGAAUGGAACUUCUGCUAUGAACACGAGAGUCUCUGUAGGCGAUGUGUUCUGGAUUCCUCGCUACUUCGCCUUCUGCCAGAUCGCGUCUCGGAUCGCACCGUUUGAGUUUGUCGGAUUCACCACAUCGGCUCACAAGAACCGGCCUCAGUUUCUUGUUGGUUCGAACUCGCUACUUAGGAGUCUCAAUCUGACGUCACUGGCCAUGGCUUUUGGAGUCGACGAAGAGACGAUGAGGCGGUUCAUUGAGAGCCAGAGAGAAGCUGUUAUUCUGCCCACUGCAGCUGCGGCUCCUCCCAAGGGUGAAACUGUGCGUUUUGGGCUUUGAUCACCUUUUGAUUUGAGUGAGAAAUGUUUUCUUUUGAAUGCUGUGUUUGUACGUAGAUAAGCAUGAGUAAUGUUAUGGUUGUAAAAAUGAAAAAAAAAACAUGAGUGUAUGUUAUGUAUGUUUUUGUUUCUUUGAAACGGCAUAAUAAAACUAAUUAAAGCUA